GUAACAAGUAAGACGACGGUAGAGGAACAGAUAGCAGAAAUGAAGGAGUGGUUCAAAGCCUUCCGUGAUCAGAAAAGUUAUGUGCGGGACUACAGGAAGUACUUCAAGCCUGUCAUGUGUUAUUUGGAGGGCACGUGGACCAAGAUAAGCCCAGACGGUAAACUGGAGGAGUCCUUCCAAAGCGACCGUCACGCUCUUGACGCGACCGACUGGGCUGACCUUCACCAGAAGACCCGUUUCACCUCCUACUCGGGCCGAAAGAGCCAGCUGGAGAAUUUCGCCUUUCUUCCUGUGGCCGUGAUGAACAUCACAGACGGCAUUCCUAAGAUGGCGCAGUGGAACUACCGGAUACUGUGUCACCCGAUCAGCAAAGACAUCAGCACCGCGGUCUUCAGGGUGCGUGAUGACAUAGGGUCCAGGCUGGCCUACCAGAGCGAUUUUGAGACGCAUUCGAAGACGCGCAGGGCAAGGUUCCAAUUAAACCCGGACAACUCCAAAUUCUGGCCGGAUGAGCACCUGUUCGUCCGCGGGCUGACCGGUCUCCUGGACCAGAUCAUGGAAGAGAUACCCGGCAAGAAUAACUACCCUGCUUAUCUGGAAGAUAACAUAUUCGACGAGCCAUUUUACCGACUGGAGCCUCUGGAGAACGGCACGGAAGUGAUGCUGAACGCCGCCAGGUACCAUCGGUGGUAUCAAGUUAUUAAAGCGGGUGCCAGCGGCCGGAAAUCUCGUCAUCGCAGCUAUUCGGAUGCCAAUGUAUUCAUGGCCAUGACAGAUAAAGACGAGGUCGUCGGUAUGACGUUUAAGAAGUGUAACCAGAACGGCAGAGAUUGUAAAUGGGCUGAUCAAAAAUGGUCGUAUGCCAUACCUUUGGAAAUCAUUUAUUUGACACCGCUGAGCUUGUGGAACCCCUACAACCUUAAAAACUGGGGAAAAGACCCGGAUAAAAUGGUGGUCAGGGCGGAAGACGGAACGCUUAGGACGGGCGCUCAGACAGUGGAGAAGGCAUACAAUGGCGUCAACGAAUACACGUACUAUCUGACGCCGAAUGAGUUCUUCGCCUCCCAGGAAGCCGGAGCAGCGGACACCACUAGGAAAGGGGUGGGAGUCCUCGACCAAAACGGUGAGGUAAAAAUCACCAGCUCCUCAGGUAUUCGUGUAUUUAUCAAUAUUCCGGAUGUGGGACUGAUACGCCAACGGUACCCCAUCUAUCCUUUGACAACCGACGGAAGUAAUAUACAAAAGGAAGUGGAGGCAAUGAAGGACCUGCUGAUGGAGCAAAGCCGUUACAUCAAAAUGUACCGAGAUCCGCCGCAAGGGGGCGGCACGACUACCGUGCCAGUGGAAGGAACAGACCUGUUGCUGACGACUUCUACAACUACCCAGAAUCCUCCAGGGGAACAUUUCCACGAAGUUGUGCUGAGCCCAGAGGAACAGGCGAGGUUCGAGGCUGGGGAGAUGUUUACUGUGACAACAAGUGAGGCUCUGGGCCACUCCCACUCCCUGAGACUGCGCUAUGAUAAAUACUGCGGCUGCUACGAGAUAAUGAGGUGUGACCAGCAACCUGAAUGCUGGGAUGGUCACAUGAUGGAGCUGUUCCAAGAAGUAUGACGUGACUCUCGUGAUAUGCGACUGCUGGCAGCGACAUCUACAGAUGUGCAAUGUGUUUUUGAUGGAAGCCUAAAUGGGGAUAAGGUCCCUCUACGAGUAUAUCCGAUAUAUAGAGUUUAUAUAUUCAGAACUGUCUUUUUGAAAUUUGAUUUUGAAUUUUCAUCAUUUUGUGAACUGAAAGGUACCUGGAGCUGCAUCACUAAAUGUGAUACAGCAAAUAAAACCAAGGGGAACUGU